AUGGAUUACACUAUGGAUAAUACCAUGGGAUCUCAAGAGGAUGCGAUUAGUAGCGUGAUGAGUUCUCAGGAGAACCUAUUGGAUAACACCAUGGAUCAUGAGGAGAACAUGAUGGGGUAUACUUUGAAUCAUGAGCCUACAAAUGAAGCAUCAUCUCAACUACCAGAUGCGAAUGAUUUUUCGGAAGAUGAAGAUGAUCCGCCGGUCCUUGAGUUUGCUCGUAUGGUAGGUAUAGCUCGAGAUCAUCAGCUCGAUGAUACAUCAGUCGACGUUAUACUCUCCAUGAAGGAUAAUAUUGAUCGUACCUUUUCCAACGACCUAAAUCACCUUCACCUACCCCAAUUCAAUAUACAAGCCGAAUUCAAUGUUCGUGAACGACCAUUCGCAUGUAAAGAAACCGCACGAAUUCUUACAUUUUUGGCACAAAAUGAAAGUCAAGAUUCAAUCAAUGCCCUGAUAUAUCCCUUGCUCGGUAGCAGAGAUGUUAAGAAGAUGAGAGUCGAAUUGCCCCUGUUGCGCAGUGAUCAUGAAUUUGAUGUUCGAGGAUUCGCAAGAAAAGAUGGUUUUGAGGUGCAACCCCAAGAUAUCAAGCUUCCACUCGAAUUGAUUAGUGUCGAGAACAACGAGGGGCUGGAAUUUCCUCCAGAAUUCUACGAUCUUGAAACUGAGACCUUCGAAACUAUCGCGGAUGAGAAAAUUGAGGUAAAGAGGAGCUCGAUGAUUUAUCUUCAUAUGGCCUUGGAGACAGCACUAACAAGCGACGAUAAACAAGAAAUCUGGGAUAGCGUGAGAACACAUCCUAGAGUGAGUUCUGAUACUUCUAUAUUCUACAUACCCAAUUCUAACAAUUCAAAGAAAUUUCCGAUUGCGAAUCAUGUUACACCACCACUUUCUCCAAUAUUAGCAUCGCCACCUGAUAGCCCUCUCCAUUUUCUCGCUCCGGCCUGCGAAUUUCAGCUUCUCUCAGAUCCUAGUUCUCUGACUUCUCUGGAUCUCAAGAAGAUUGAGGAUGAAGUUUUCAAGGAAGAAAUGCCAGAUUUGAUACGCGAUAUAUCUGCUGCUCGAGCAACAACCUCGGCGUCCAAUGAUCAAUUUGUGAAGCCUGGAGAUCUAUAUUCGUCACCAGAAUUUAUAAAAGAAUUCGACUCGUCUUCCUCUCCUUUAGAAAACACGCGAAUUACCGUCGUAGAUAUGAAAGUAGAAGAGCUGUUGACGCCAUCUAAGCCGUUUGAAGAAUUAAAGCCUAAGGCCGUACGCUUUAAUGCCAUCGUGGAGGAACUAUUACUCAGCAGUCGACCACAGUCCGUAUUAUCUGAGCCCACACUCGAGACCAGGUUCUUUGAGGAAGCAUUCGGUGAAAGUGGAGAACAAGCAAGCCACAGAGUUGAACAAGAGAGACUAGUAGAUACGAGGCAGAGAGUUGAAGUUCCAAAAAUGGAGUUCAGUAUAUCUGGACCUCCUUGGAUGGAAAAGAAUUUCCGUAGCGUGAAUGCUUCAAGUACAACUUUAGAAAAACUUAUCAAGGACGUCGGAAUUGACCUUACUGAGCUUUGGCCUGGUCUGAAGAAACUACAUCUACAGCUACCAUGGAUACCUUUCAAACAUGAGCUGGGUAAUAUCGCUGAGGAGUCGAUGGGCGACGAGAAGUCUUGGAUGCCAUUCGUACAUGGCCCGGAAGAUGAUAAAGUGCUCGUGAGUUCGGAUCUUACCUGGAAAACUGAAGGCUUGCGAAUUCUUCUGCAGGAAGUGGAAGACGACGACGACGAACUUGAGAUCGGUUAUUUUCCAAAAGAAGUGGAUGAUAUGUCAUCAUUACCGGUACUCGACAAACAAAGGUCGGAAAUAGAAGAUGUCGAGCGCCGACAAAAGCAAGGACGUCGAGACAAUCCUCACGUUCGUGGAGCUACGAUGCAGAUCACACGUCCGUUGAUCAGCCCAGGUAUAACAAAUGAUAUACUAAAGCUUCAAGAGAAUAUCAUUACAACUUCAAAGAGAGGUCGACAAGAUAGUAGCGAGGAAGAUUCCCUGCUUGGAGGCAUAUUUUCAGCUAAAAGUGCACUGAGCAAUUUUCUAGAGAUGCGAGGUGCUAAGAAGCCGAAACUCAUCGCAAGCGCUCAUUUCCCUGCUCCCAAUGCUCCACCACUCAUACCUCCAAAUCAAGCAUCUCUCAGCAAAGAGUCCCAGAUUCAAGAAUCUCCCAUCCCGGCGACUCGAUCACCUCUCCCAGCCCCGACCAUCAUAGCCCCCCAGAACCCCAUCACCAUCAUCCUCUCUUCAACCCUCCUCAAGAACCGGCCUUUAAUGCGCUCUCUCCAAUCACUCCUCCCCACCCUCAAGUUCUGCGAACGCGAUUUCUCCGCCCAUAAUACUACGAUCUGGAAUCCUGGCUCAGUGAUUCGCUCCCCUAUCACUUCUUCCCUUACCCACGAAGCUGACAUUACAACCUCUCCGACCACCGGACUCAUCCUCACAACGCUGCAACAUAUCAAACAGAGACCAUUGCCUGGACAUAAAACCGCGGUUCCAAUCCGUGAUCGCCUGGAGAAGGUAAGCGCGAGGUAUGAAAGUCUAACUAUCCUAGUUUCUGCUCCAUCAACCGGGUUCGGAGAUAGUGAAUGCAUCGCUUGGGCCGACUUUGAAGGUUUCGCAUUGACUUUAUCCGCGAGCGUUAGUGUAAUUUACGUCCCAAUCGACACCACCAACCCCAAUCCCAAUGAAGGAGAAACAACCAUAGCAAAAUACAUAUCACACCUCAUAAUCCAACAUAACCCUCCCUCUUCCUCUUCCUCUUCCUCUUCCCCCCACUCUAGCCCCUUCGAGCCCCUAGACCAGGAAUCCUACUGGGAGAUAUGGCUUCGAAGAGCGGGAAUGAAUGCCUAUGCGGCACAAGCGACGAUCUCCGAACUCAAAGCGCCAGAACCGAGUUGUAGACCGGGGGAUCAGGGGUAUGAAUUGGAGAUGCGGAGGAUUGAAGAGCGGGGUCCGUAUGGGUUGGCUCUGUUUGUGCGGAUGGGGGUGGAGGAGAGAGUGAGGAGGUUAGGUGGGUUGGUUGGGAGGGGGGUGGUGGAACGGGUUAGUGGGGCUGUGGAUCGGGGGUGGGAGUGA